AUGUUGUCGAAAAUUGUUAUCUUGGCCUUAGUCGCCGCGGCUCAGUGCCUGCCAAUGAAUGACGAUGGUGCCGACAAAUUAGUCGACCAAUUGCUUGAUGUUGUCAAGACCAAAUACGGUGCCCAACUGGACCCACUUCACCUGAACGACUCAGUCGCUGAGUUCAGCAAGAAAAUCGCUGGAAUCACAUUCCACGGUGACGCCAAACUGACCGAGGGCACCAUUACCGGCCUCAAGAACAUUAAGAGAUCGGGUCCCUCAGACAUCCAGACCAAGGAUGCCUUCAAAGCGCACGUCCAGUUCGGUGACAACAACCUCGCCAUCCAUUUCAAGGCUAUCCUCGACUUCAUGGACCUCCACACGUCCGGCAUCCUGAACGCCCAGGUGGGCAACCUGGACGUCAAGGUCGACGUUGCCGUGGAUACCAAGUCGGGCAAAAUCACCAUCAACUCGUUCCAAGUGGACGCCCUUAAAAGUGUCAAGAUCGACUUCCAGGGACCCGUAAAGGUCGCUGAUGAUAUUGUCGAUUUGCUUGGUGAGGCAUUCAUCACCAUUUUCAACAAGCAGGCCGAGGAGUUGGUUGGCAAAGUGGUGAAGGACAUGCUCCAAAAGGAGCUUGAUCACAUGAAAUUCCCACCCCAGCGUGACUGUCAGCACCCCUUACCCGCCAUUCCCGUGUGUGGUUCACAUGACAGGGCUGCUGAUAAUAAGUUAGUGGAUCAAUUACUGGCUAUUGUAGUGGCCAAGUACGGAGCUGAGCUGGAUCCAUUACACUUAAAUGACACCGUGGCCACUUAUGAUAGGCAACUUAGUCACAUUACAGUACACGGUGAAGCAAAAUUAAGCGAGGGCAUAAUAACGGGACUAAAAACAUUACGACGAUCCGGUGACAGUACCCUGGACAUUGAGCAAGGUCAGAUCAACUUGCAAUUCGGCGACACUGGGCUACAUGUGCAGUAUAAAUGCGACCUAGAUGUUAUGGGCAUAAAGACAUCGGGCAUAUUAGGGGCAGAUGUGGGCGACAUAGGGGUUGUUGUUAAUGUCGAGGCCGACAGCACC